AUGAACUUUUGCUGGGCCUUUCUGUCAGCCGCAGUUAUAUCGCCCACUCAGACGCUCUUGAUCUCCAUUGGCUUGGGACUUGUGACCCAAGUCUUGAGUCAAACCACCAUCGAUUGCCAAAGGCCGCCACAACUUGUUGACCCAGCUCUUUGCUGCAAGGACGGCGGUCGUGACCAGUUGGUGGACCAAUGCGCCCAGCGGAUUUUGGGAACAGCAAAGAAUAACGGAGGUCCUCCUUCUAUAGACUCUGCUGCUUGCCUGGCCGAAUGCAUACUCACAUCCUCCAAGUACCUCGAGGAGCCGCAGAAGCUCAACUUAAACAACAUACGCAGUGACCUCUCUGCCAAGUUCUCUAACGACAGCGUCUAUGUGGAGGCCAUGACGAUGGCUUUUUCCAAGUGCGAGCCCCAAUCUCAACGCAGGCUGGCAGUUAUCCUGCAGCAGCAGCAGCAACAGGCUCAGCAGAAACCCCAGCAAGCGCCCCAACAACGUUGCAGUCCCUUCUCUGCCAUUGUACUCGGUUGCACCUACAUGGAGUACUUUAAGAAUUGUCCAGAGCACCGUUGGACACAGAAUGCCCAAUGUUCGCUAGCCAAGGCUUAUGUUACGCAGUGCGGGUUGGGGGCUUAA